AUGCGCCUGCUGGACUUCAACCUCUUCUCCAGCGGCAAGAUUCUGGUGCGUGACAAUGCCAUCAUCUUCACCAUCGAGCACGUGCGCCUGAUCAUCACCGCCUCCAAGGUCAUCAUCCCGCGAGAGGGCUACGAACACCACCCUCUGAGCAACAGGUAUGUGGACCUGCUGGAGGAGGCCAUCCUGGAAUGGCACCGGUACCAGCGCGUGACUGAGGCGCGGCUGUGCCAGGAGGAGGAGGAGGGCGGGGCGGGGGGCGCGCGCCUGUCAGAGGACGAGGGUUCCGGCGGCUGGCGCCACGACUACGACGUGCUGCCCUUCGAGAUGGUGGUGCUGGAGGUGGCGCUGAAGGAGGUGGUGCAGGCCACCACCACCCAGGUGCAGGAGCUGGAGAGUGUGGCCAUGCCCGCGCUGGACGCGUUGACGCACAAGAUCAACCCGGCCACCCUGGAGCGCGUGCGCAAGGUGAAGACGCGGCACCAGCGCCUGCUCAUCAGGUGCGAGACGCUGCGCGACGAGAUGGAGCGCUUCCUGGGCGACGACGACGACAUGACCAAGAUGUGCCUGACGCGGCGGCGCGAGCUGGAGCAGGCCUCGCCGCGGUACGCCGGCCAGGACGGCGGCAGCAGCGGCGGGCUGGGGCGCGCCGGGUCACACCCGUUGUACCACUCCUCCAGCCUCAACCGGCGCUCGCCCUUUGCGCGCAUGGUCGCGCCGGCCGGCGGCGCCUGGGGUAGCCCGCCGGCGCGCAGCGGCAGCGGCCUGGCCCAGGGCGAGGGCGGCUUCAACGCGGCGGCCCCCACGCCGCAGACCUCCCUCCCGCCCCCGCCCCCCAGCGAGGAGGACCUGGUGGCGGACAUGGAGGUGGUGGAGAACCUGCUGGAGUCGUACUACAUGCAGAUCGAUGGGCUGUACGAUAAAGUCGUGUCCCUGGAUGAGUACAUCAAGGACACGGAGGAAUACAUCAACAUUGAGCUGGACGCGUCGCGGAACAAGCUGAUCCGGCUGGACAUCAUCCUCACCGCCGCCGCUUUCUCCAUCGCGCCCUUCAACCUGCUGGCCGGCAUCCUGGGCGAGAACCUGGUCAUCCCCCCCCAGUUGACGCGCGACGUGCUGCGCUUCUACGUGCUCAACGGCGUCGCCGCCCUGCUCUGCUGCUCCUUCUUCUACGCCAUCCUGCGCUACAUGCGGUACCGACGACUCAUCUGA